AAGCCCCUCCCAUCUCUACAUUACCGAUAAUUUUAAAGUUUUAUCCCCCUAAGGUGAAGGAAUGAGGCCGAGGCCACUCUCCAACAUGGCACCAAUCAGCUCCACCUUGUUUCACAGCAAGUAGGGGUCAUUUCAUAAACACAGGUCAGGGGUUUUGGGCUUUCAUCUCAAUUUGUCAACCAAACGGUAUGGCAACAUGGCCAAACAGCUCCUCCCAUAAAGCAAAAGCCUCCAGGGAAAACAUGCAUUGAUUCAUGCAAUGUACCGAAGUCACAAUGGCAACUCUGCUUGUAAACCCGUCUGCAAGACGGGGGUCCAGGUUUUUAAUUCAAGGCAAGGUCUCUCACUUCGUAGGCUUCUGGGAAUCACUAUGUCUGGCCCCUCUUGAAAUAAUCGGCCUCAGUGGACUUUAUCAGGGGCUACAUGGCCCUUGGACAUGGCUCCAGAAGUUUUGCAAAUCGCUCCAAUGUGGCAAACAAGCUUUUACACGUACCACUCCAAAAUUUGCGAAACCCGUGUGAAAUAUGGCACAUGUGCAAGAAGUCAUGUAAUGUAAUUUCUGUUCAGCCGGUGUUUACUUUCCUAAUGUACAAGACCAGAACGUGAAGUGUUUCUGUAGUGAUGAAAAAGCACAGUGGAACAAGCCAGAGGGACACAAUAGAUGAGGAGACGUGCUGCUGUCAGUGACCCUUUCGCAGACUUUGAGUCCCGACCGUCUCAUAUGCGAGCGCGUCAUUAAAGGACCCAUAAACACGUUUGAAGUAGCAAGUCAAGGCCAUGUCUUCAGAGCAAUAGAUUGAAACUUUAAAUACAAACAGUGAAUCAGUUCAUGACCUCUGACACAGCGAAGACUAGCUCUUAGCAGGGAUGUCUUCUGUUUUUCUCUCCUUAGAUGCAAACCAGUCAGGGAUAACAUCAUUUGCUUCCCCUACUACACUUGAUUAGGAUGAGAAACAAAGCUCUGCCGUUUUCCCUCGAGCAAAUAGAUCCUCACCAGUGAUUCCGUGUGCCAGCUGCAGACCUGAGGAGCCUUAACGCCGGCGCUGAACAAGGAGCACGUGUCCGACGACGUCCGUGGUCACUCAGAACACAUUGACGACCGGCACAACAGUCCCUAAUCUGGAUUAUUACAUUGCUGGUUGGAACAUCACCUCAAGCAGCUGAUGAACGCUGCAUGUGUGGACUAACAAUCCAACAAUGUCUCCGUUCUGCCAGCUAUCUUCCUUUUCAUGAGACUUCUCACCUUUGAGCUCAACCCAGCCUCGCAAAGUCUUCCUCCGGGCCACGCUGUUGAACAUCCCACCAGGAGUCCCUGAAACAGGCGCCUGACGGAUAAAAGGCAGGGGUCAGGAGCUCCCGGCCAUCGAGGGACAGCGCUCAGCUCGCGAGCUCGCUUUUCAGCAUGUUUUUCAUUGAUCCCCAAAGCAUUGCAUUAUAAUGCGCAAAUGGACGCUGACAUGGAACCUUCAAAGCCUGUUCUCAGCACUCUACCUGCACGCCAUCUUUCUGUUUGGCAGCGUGUGUGUGGUCUACAGUGCCUGCACUCCAGAGCAACGCACUGCCAUCAUGAACUGCUCUAAACACGAGCGCCACACCAGGAACUAUGAUUACAUGGAGGGAGGAGAUGUGCGUUUUCGACAGCUGUUCAGCGGCACACAGUGGUUCCUCACGAUUGAUGACUCUGGCAACAUUACGGGAACUCAAGAUCCCACCAACUGCUACAGUAUCCUGGAGAUCAGAACUGUGUCUGAGGGGCCCACACUGGCCAUCAAAGCUGUAAAGAGCCAGCAUUAUAUCUGCAUGAGCAAGGCUGGACAUCUGCAAGCCAAGAAGACCUACGGUAAAAACUGCGACUUUAAGGAGAAUUUCCUAGAGAACAAAUACAAUGCUUAUUCCGCCACAAAUAAAGACAGAGAAAUGUUCAUAGCUCUGAAUCAGCGGGGAAGGCCAAUGAGGGGGAAGAGGACCAGGAAGGAGCACGUAGCAUCUCACUUUAUCCCGAUGAAAUGCUGGGACGAAGAAAGGAGAGGAGAGUGACCGAAGCAAAGACUUUGACACAAACUGCAGGAUUAUGUCACUUAUAUGUAUAUCAUACCAGACACAUGUACUCUCAGUAUCAACAUCACGCUACACUUUCCCAUUACGCAGCCAUGUUAACAGCUGAAAAAAACCACAACGUAUAUUAAACUACUACAAUCUCCAUCAUGCAAGAUACCAAUAUCCCAAACUAUAAAAGUAUGACUAAAGUUAUUUUGUUAUUUUGAAGUAAAUACUAUAAAAUGUUAGAAAACAGAAGUAUUUUCUUACCAAACCAUAAAAUGAUGUGCAUACAGUCUGGACUGUAUUAUUUACAAAGGAUUUACCACCAAGCUGCCAGAUGAGGAGAUGUAUUUAAUAAUAAUAAGAAAAAGGUCCAGAGGGGAUAGCUGGUUUGACCAAAAAGUGCUGAAGCAAGCUGGGCUUGUCUUUACCUUCUUCUACUACACCAGAUGCAUUCAUACAGAGCUGAAAUAGUGCACGUAGUAAAUGAAAAUAUGAACAAGCAGAGGCGAGUAAAGCUAACUGUGAUUGAUGUGUGUGUGAGUGUGUGGGUGCGCGCGCGUGUGUGUGUGAGAUCCGUUUGUCGUUUAUGCAUCAACUUUGGUCAAAUACACUGUAGCUGCUCACUGACUCCCUUUUCAUUGUCAAGGCGUUAUUUUGAAAUGCUGAAAGGUUUUGCUGCUGCUUAACAGACAUCAAGAUAUAAAUAGAAAGCAAACAGCGUAAUAGUUGAGAUAACCUCUCUCAGAUCUCUACACAAGUGGAUAAGAUAUUUACUUUCAUAGGGAUUCUCUUUAGUUUCUAUUCAGACAUUCCUAUUAUGAUCGAGUGACAGUUGGAAGGAUAUAGAAAUAUAGAGUCAUUAUUUGAUACACUAAUUUCAUGAAUAUUAAACAAGUUAUGGCUAUAGCGUUGCAGUACUUUAUCAUGUAUUGCUCUAAUCCCCUUGUUUGUAUAAAGGACAUUUACCCCUGUUUUUCUCACAAACUUGGAUAAUUUACUGUGAAGCAAUGCUUUACUUUUCAUGUUUUUUCUCCACUAGAGGGUAAAACAAACCUCGAAAUAUAUGUCAUAUCCCCAUGCUCAUAAAACUCCUUUGGUUAGCUUGUCAACAAGACAUCAGACUUAAACAGAAACACAUAGCUAUCCCGUGGAUGUUGCUUUGAACAUCGUCACAACCCCGUUUUCUUGGUUUAAACUGCAUGUGAACUCCAUGAACCAAGCCAUGAAUCUGCCAUAAAUAAAACUGCCACUAAGCGUAGAAAGCUCUGGGGGAACUUGAAGACAAAGGUGUGUGUUCCUUAUAUACUGUGAUAAAAUUCAUCAUUAUUUAUUCUGUUCAUUAUCAACAAUAAGGACAAACUUGGUAUUUAUUCACAGCUUUUGCAUGUCUGUAAUAUCCACUGUGAUAUAUCCAUACUUAAACAAAAGGUCUGAUCUGUUAUUGGCUGUAAUUUCGAUCUUAUAGUAAAAUGACCCGUUUUGAUAACCCAAUGUACUCUUUAACUCUGCAAUUUGCAUUAUCCUGUUGAGAAAACCUAUUAACAGUAAAGCAAAUACAGUGUAUCAUAUGCAAAUAUGUUGUUCUUGUUUAUUUUUGUUGUUGCUUUUUUUUCAGACGAUUUCUUGCAUGUUGCAAAUAAAUAUAUGGAAAAAUG